UGCCAAGGAGAUGGCCGAAUCCGAUCUGCACGACACGACACUUGAAACGAAGAAGAAGCUGGCGCUAAAGGCCUUCAGCCAUACGGCGGAGUACGAUGCGGCCAUCUCGGACUACUUCCGUCGCGAGUACAGCCGCAAUGUCUCUCAGCUGCCGCUGCGUUACGGCCACCAGGUGCCAGCACAGGUCUACACCACCGCGCCACGUCUACCCCUCACAGUGCGUAACGGCGCGCCGGGGUUCGUGAACCUAUGCGACGCGCUCAACGCAUGGCAGCUGGUGAAGGAGCUGAAAUGAGCGACGGGGCUUCCAGCCGCAGCUUCCUUCAAGCACGUCAGCCCCGCAGGGAGCCCUGCCCACUACAGCAGUGGGGCAGGGUCCAAGUCGCUGCACAGCUCGGCGACGAGAUUCGCCACCGGCCGGCCGCGAAGACGCGCUCGAAGGGCCUUUCUGGACGUGGCCGGUACGCAGCAUCAUCGGCCGUCGCCGUUCGACUACCGCGCGUCCGAUCUACGCGAAAGUUCGAGCGGCGGCUUCGACAACACGCGCGCGCCUGCACGCCGCCAUUGGCUGCACAACAACGACAAGACGGUGCUCUCGCCUACGACGUUCGGCCGCAGCGCAUCCUCCGCCGUGGUGGCGCCACCUAGAGGUGUCGGGCUCAAAGAGUUGUCCGGUUCGCUAGCUGAGGACGGUCGCAACCGACCGCUGCGCGGCCGCGCGCCGCCUAUACGCCACGUCGGCCACCGGAAGUGGGCGCCGGACACGUGCGGGAUAGUGGCGACUCACGGCGGCACGCGGCGGCGGCGUCGCCCCACUCCGUCGGCAAGCAGGGAGCUUGCUGAUAAGAACUCGCGGCUGCGCGGUGAGCUGGAGAGCCUCAGACAGCAGAAGGAGCUCGAGUCCGCGGGUACGGCGUUCGCGUUCAGUCAGACGCUGGCCGACCUGGGACAAGCUGACGAAGGCCGAAAACAAGAAUGUGAAAAGUUGAGUAUUAAGCUCGGCCGGCUUCAGCGCUGCGGCUCCGCCUCCUCCCUCACGACCACCGGCGCCACCUACUACAACGGCCUCGUUCUCGAGGCGACAACGGACGACGACGCCCUCGCGCUGUCGUCGUGGGCGGAGGUGAGCGGAGGUGGCAGCACCGCAGCAUCAGCGGCGGAGGAGGAGGGCGGAGCGAGGAACGUGCGAGUACUGACGCAGGAGAACGAUGAGCUGAGAGGAUCCGUGCAGAUGCAGGGCAAGGAGAUGAGCCUCAUCAAAGAGGCGCUGGAGAAGGCGCAGCAGACGCUGCAGGUGAAGUUAGCGAGCGAGUCGGAACUUCAGAGCGAGAUCGAACGUCUGCUAAAUUUGCAGACGGACGCGAAACCAAAGGGAACGACGCAGAUGCAGAACAGCGAGAUGGGAGAGAUCAAGGAGGCGCUGGAAAAGGCGCAGCAGACGCUGCAGCAGGAGAUUGCGCGUGAGUCGGAGCGCGAGAGCGAGAUUGCACACCUGAAGAAACUGCAGGCAAAACUGUUCGACGAGGUCAAAGCUUAUAAAAAGAACGAGACCUUCCUUCAUAACAAGAUCACAGCACUCGAGGAGAAAGGAGAGAAGGAAGUAGUGGAGAAGAAAGCAGCAGGGAGAGGAACGCCAUUGUCGAAGCGCGCCCUGGCGAGGGUUUACUUGCAAACAAACUUUCAGGAUGGCCAACAAAGCCUGAACACCUCUACCCAGGAUUCCAGCUGGCUUCAAGUUUAUCCGAAUCCCUACGUGCAGCAGAAUGCGGCGGCGUCAUCUCAGUCAAUGCACCGCAAUCCCUACGUGCAGGUGCCAGUGAGCGACCCCGGGACCGUGCCGACAGCGCCAUCUAUGAGCAGAGAGGCAAACCUCGUGAAGAAGUCUAAGAAGCAGCCACCGG